CCAUUAGCUGCGCUCAGGCGGCCACUCCCACUAGGGCGGGGAGGGCGCCCGUUACCUGCGCCGCGGGGGCGGGGGCGGCGGCGGCGGCCUGGCUGGGGAAGGGGGCGGCGCCCCUCCGCCUCUUAUUCUUCCCGCGGCCCGGCAGGAGACGUGAGACGCAGGCGGCCCAGGUCUCCCCGCUCGCCGGGGCCGUGCCGUGCCAUGCUGGGCCGUGCCCGCCUGACGCUGGUGGCGGCGGCGCUGCUGGCGCUGGGGACCCCGCGCGGCGGCGGCGGCGCCCGGCUCCUGGAGUGGUACACGGCGUGGGUGAGCACCGCCUACACCGAGCCGCUCAGCAACCGCACGGUGCGGGGCAGCGCCGAGAGCGGCCGCUACGGGGACAGCUCCCCCAAGGAGAGCGCGCAGGGCCUGGUGGGCAUCCCCCGCGGCGCCUCCGCCCGCCACAUGGAGGGCUGCGCCUCGGACGUCGACUACGAUGUGCCCCUGCCGCCGGGGAGCCGCGGCCCGCCCGGCGGCGGGGAGCCGCCGCCGCCCUGGAUCGCGCUGGUGGCCCGCGGGGGCUGCACCUUCAAGGACAAAGUCACCAACGCGGCCCGGAAGCGGGCGGUGGCCGUGGUGAUCUACAACGAGCCCCGCUUCGGCAACGCCACCGUCUCCAUGUCUCACCUCGGAACGGGCAAUACAGUGGUAAUUAUGGUUGGAUAUCCAAAAGGGAUAGAAAUUUUGGAACCAGUACGCAGAGGGAUUCCAGUAAAAAUGACUAUUGGUGUUGGCACAAGACAUGUGCAAGAAUAUAUCAGUGGACAGUCAGUUGUGUUUGUAGCCAUCGCCUUUAUCACCAUGAUGAUUAUAUCACUAGCCUGGCUCAUAUUUUACUAUAUACAACGUUUUCUAUAUACUGGGUCGCAAUUUGGAAGCCAGGGCCACAGAAAAGAAACCAAGAAAGUGAUCAACCAGCUUCAGUUGCAUACUGUGAAGCGUGGAGACAAGGGUUUAGAUGUUGAUGCAGAAAAUUGUGCUGUGUGCAUUGAAAACUACAAACCAAAAGAUAUUGUCCGAAUUCUGCCAUGCAAGCAUAUCUUUCAUAGGACCUGCAUUGACCCCUGGCUGUUGGACCACGGAACUUGUCCAAUGUGCAAACUAGAUGUCAUCGGAGCUCUGGGAUAUUGGGGUGACCCUGAAGAGGCACUUGAAGUUCCAAUAUCUGAAUCAAUAAGUGGCAGCGUAUCAGUAGGAAGUUUGAGUAUUGCUUUACAAGAAGACGAUAGAAAUGAAGUAAGCGAUUUGUCAGCCUCCUCAACUAAUGAAUCUGUGUUACAGUGUAACAGUUUAAAAGAGGAUGCAGGUGAAACGACAGCAUUACUUGGUGACAUGGUGUGAAGAUUCCAGAACUGGAAAUAUAAAUGAUGCACAUAAAUCAAGUUCAAUGUUCUCAUGUAUUCAAACUGGGUACUGAACUCUAUUCUUGGAUAACUUGCCAUAUGGCAAAAUUUUGACCCAAGAUUGUUUAAAGUAGGAUACCUUUGAUUGCUUGCAUGUAUCUGUAUAAGGGAACUCAUCACCAGGGAACUUAACAAGUCCACCUAUACUCUAAUUGGACAGGGAUCUAAUUUAGUAGGUAUAUCACUUAUACUGUAUUCCAUCUACAACAUGGUAUUGCUGCAUUUUUAAUUAAAAUAUAUUUCAGGCUGAAAAACAGGAUGAGAAAGCAGAACUCCUACUGUAUUUCAUUAAUUCAGUAAGUAGUUGUGAGAGCUUUAGUUUUUUUCUUAAAGCCCUAAGUCAAACUUAACUGAAUUAAGUUUGAUGUUUGAUAGACUAUCUGCAAGUAAUUGCUAGUUGAACUUGCUCACUGAGUUACCAGUUGAAGGUUUCUUGUUCUUUCAGUCACCAAGUGGAAUCAUCUGAUAUUAAAAUUAUCAUUUUCCUGUUAAGUUUUUAAUGUGUUCGUGUUGAGUCCACUGGUGGGACUGCCUUUGAUUGGCGACAGAGGGCUGCUUUUGGUCUAAUGCUUAGGCAAACAUUUAAUCCCCAGAAAUAACUUGCUCAGACUUGAUGUUGAGCAAAACCAGAAUGAGUAAACUACUACUCAGUCAAACUGUUUGACUUUGAUAAUGGCAACCCUACUGCUAACUUUUUAAUAAACUUGGUUGCAUUGAUUGGCUUCAGCACAUCAAACUUUUUUCAUUGUAUACUUUAAACUAUUUAAGAAAAUGUUGAAUUCAAGUGUGUAUUUGAAGUUAUUGCUAAAAAAACCCUUAAAAUCCCAUAAGUUGUAUGGGCUCAUUAAAUAUAAUGGUAUUAAAAAAAUAAACACACCUUAACUGC